UCCUGACUGGAGGUAGUAAUCUGAAUGUGAGGCUUCUUCCCAGGAAAUUCAAACUAAACUUUGGUUCAGCGACUCCAUUUAAGGCUAAUUAGCUCGUCUCUUGUCUCAGACACAGUCCCCGUCCUGCAGGAGGAGACACGGUCGGACAGAAGAGCACAGACAGGUUGUUCUGACUCUCUGCUCUACUCUGGUUAGCUUGAUAACACUCUUGAAUAUAGACCACACUGUUUGAAAAUGGCCACAGACGAGCUGUCGUCGAAGCUCAGCCGCCGGCUGCUUAUUGAAGAAGGAGCCGAGGAGGCCGUCGCAGUGGACGGCCAGGAACAGGAGAACGGCUCGGAGGAGAAGUCGACUACGGCCAACGCUGACUCUGAGCUGGGAGCUAAACUGAUGAGACGCGGGGAGCUGAACGAGGGGCAGGGCGAGCACUGCCAGCCCAGCACCAAGGUGUUCAACCCUUACACCGAGUUCAAAGAGUUCUCCAGAAAGCAAAUUAAAGAUAUGGAGAAGCUCUUCAAAACGUAUGAUGCUGGUAAAGACAACUACAUCGACCUGAUGGAGCUGAAGCUGAUGAUGGAGAAGCUGGAAGCUCCACAGACACACCUGGGUCUGAAGAACAUGAUCAAAGAGGUGGACGAGGAUCUGGACAACAAGCUCAGCUUCAGAGAGUUCCUGCUGAUCUUCAGGAAGGCAGCAGCAGGAGAGCUGGCAGAGGACAGCGGCCUCGGCGUACUCGCUCGCCUCUCUGAAAUCGAUGUCUCCACAGAGGGAGUCAAAGGAGCCAAGACCUUCUUUGAAGCCAAAGUCCAGGCCAUCAACGAGUCCAGCCGGUUCGAGGCUGAGAUCCGCCAGGAACAGGAAGUCAAGAAGAAGCAGGCUGAGGAUCAGAAACAGAGACGAGCCGCCUUCAAAGAACUGCAGUCAGCCUUCAAGUGACCUGC